AUGGCUGAUGAAAGGAACUCGACGGGAGAUGGAGCGCCCAAGGACGAUUCUCCCUCUCUCCCAAUCACUCCGAACGUCAUCAUCACCGGAAGUGAUGAGCACUCGACCACGCCAACUGGGAUAACACCAAAACCACCAGGCAAUCCCAGCGACUCCGACAUCACUGAUGCGGAGACUCGCAAGGCACUCGACUCUCAAGAUCCCAAGAAGCGUACUCGCAGGAAGUCCGCCAAGGGAUGCGAACUCGAACUCAGGAUCAGCGGUCAACUGUCCAGACUGAGGCUGAUAUCUGACUUUGAAACUCGUGCUUCAGCACUCACCGCUGCGGCAGGUGCAGCAUCACUCAAGGCUCGACUCGACGUACUCACCCAGGAGUGGCAGGAAUUCUCCGUUAUCCACGACUACCUGGCAUCCAACGCAACGGAGGACUUCCUCCAACACUCGUACAUCAAAGAUGGCAUCUUUGAUGUAACAUACCGGUCUUACCUGGGAGCUCGCACUCGCCUAUCUACACUCAUCCACGAACUCGACACUCCAGCUCAACCAACUCAAGCUCAGAACUCGACUCAACGCCCACAGAGCAGCGUCAAUCUUGCUCCACUCAACAUCACUCCAUUCUCUGGCGACUAUGCCAAGUGGCCAGAAUUCAGGGACAUGUUUAAGUCCGUGGUAAUCAAUCGCACUGGCCUGGAGGACGUCGAACGUCUCCAUUAUUUGAAGACGUACCUGACAGGGCAGGCAGCUCAAGCAAUCGCCAACACACCCAUGUGUAACGAAAGCUUCCCACUCGCUUGGGGUGCCAUCUGUAAGCGGUACGAUGUACCUCGUUUACUCAUCGGUGCUCAGCUCGACAAGCUGGUCAACCUUCCAGCACUCACCUCGCGCUCGUCAAAACAACUUUACUCGCUGAUUGAUCAGACCCACGAGGCGAUCAAUGCGCUCUUGGCUCAAAAGGUCAAUCUCCAGGAUGGGGACUGCUACCUGCUCACUCACAUCAUCAUCUCAAAACUCGACCGCUCAACUCGUGAGGCUUGGGAACUAUCAUUGGGAGCCUCUGUUGAAUUCCCAAAACUCAGCCGGCUACGUCAAUUCCUGACAGAACGUGCUCGUGCUCAAGAAAGGUACGAAGAAAGUACUGCCAAGGCUGGUGACCAGCACAAAUCCAGUCACUCGAACUCGCACUCAAACUCCAAAGGCCAUAAGACCUCCUAUGCUCAUAUGGCAACAUCCUCGGCUCCAAAAUCGGCUGGAGCAUCAACACCAGCAAGCGCUCAACCAAAAGUGGUGGCCAAAGCACAGUAUCCGUGCGACCUGUGCCAAGGUGAUCACUACCUGGUCAGAUGUGACCAGUUUGGCAAAAUGACUCCACCACAACGAACUCAGCUGGUGAUCCAAGCCAGAUUGUGCCCAAACUGUCUUGGACACCACCGAGUCGAGUCAUGCAACUCACAAUUCCGUUGCAGAGUGUGUCAGGAACAGCACCACUCUAUGAUUCAUCCAGGAAUCCCUGCAACGCAAACUCGAGGUGCUCCUGCUCAAACUCAAUAA